GCUUCCUGCCGGGCUGUCUGCUUCCUGCCGGGUUGGCUGCUUCCCCGACAUAUAAAAACCCCACCACUGCCUCCCUGCUGCAGUUCUGCCUUCUCUUCUGAAUCCUCAACGUCAGCCUGUGAAGGAAAAGAAAACCAGACAAAAUGGUGAGUGCUGACUGCUGAUGUAGAUAAUACAAUGAUCUUUAUUUCUUUAUUUCUUUCACAUGGUAUUCGUAUGAAAAUUAUUAGAUCAAUAUUAGAUCAAUCUGAAAAGUAUGUGGACGAUGUAUUCUGUUACAUAAAGACCAUGUCCGAAAUCUCUUUCCUACUGCUUACUAAAAAACGACGUACUGUGUACUAAUCGUACUAGAUACUAUUCAGAACGGAUGCAGUAAGAAACGCAUAUCCGGCAUACUAGGCUCACCCAACCUGAGAAUGUCAUCUAAUGCGCAAUUGCGUUGAUUCCCGCCCAUUAUCUCAUUAUCAGCUGAUUCUGUGCAUUUCCUAUUUUUCAUAUGUCGAUUUUAAGGUGUCAUGUAUACAACUGAUAAAGGAUACAUGUAAUUUAGGUUAAAUUGUUAUUAUUUUGUAAAUUAUUCUUGUGACAGAAACAUCUAUAGCCAUACGUCAAAUGUGGGUCAGAUUUCAGUGUUCAAAUGUCUAUGUAAUGUAUUAGUCUAUUACCAAGUAGAAAGAACAAUGACUAUCUGUGUAGAUAGAAAACCUCUUCGCUUCAGGGCAAAGACAUGAAUUGCGGAUUUUUUUUUUUUUUACAUGGGUUUUUAUGAGACAUGAUUGAGCACAAAGGAGAACAGGGAGGGGCGGUCUGAGAUGGUUGCCAUUUUAUGUGCGAGAGAUAUCUAUCGCUGUUUUUACACUGCAGUGGGGUGCGCAGCUGGCCCGGAAGGAGGGAGGAGAGCGAAAAGGAGGGAGGGGGAAAAAAAGAGGGGGAAGGGGGGGUAGCCCACAGCAACAAGGCACACCUUUUCCACACUGGUCCUCUGCUCUUAAAGAUACAGGGUCAUGCAUAACGAUCUGCAGUCACAUGGCAGAUGGAGGAUUUGCAAGAUGGUGGCCCAGCAGGAUAGCCUAGCCAAUGACUUUGCUUAAAUGUCCCUUUGCUAAAUGUGUGGCUGUACUGUAUUCAUAGUUCAGUCAAAUCAAAUCAAUCAAAUUUUAUUGGCCACAUGCGCCGAAUACAACAGGUGCAGACAUUACAGUGAAAUGCUUACGUACAGCCCUUAACCAACAGUGCAUUUAUUUUUAACAAAAAAAGUAAAAAUAAAACAACAACAAAAAAAGUGUUGAGAAAAAAAAGAGCAGAAGUAAAAUAAAGUGACAGUAGGGAGGCUAUAUAUACAGGGGGGUACCGUUGCAGAGUCAAUGUGCGGGGCACCGGCUAGUCGAGGUAAUAUGUACAUUUGGGUAAAUAACGCGGAAAAACACACAUAAUAGUACAAUUGGUUAGAGGGCUGUAAAACGGCAGCCAUCUUCUCCGGCGCUGUAACAAUGGUGAAAUCCAGGACUUUCCCAUGAGGACAUUAUAUUACUUUAACAGAUAGGUGGAGAUUUAAAAUGCAUAAGUAAAAGUGAGAUGGCGAAAGCAAGGUUGUCGUUAGCAGUAAUUUAAAAUGUAAAUGUCACGUUAGGUUACUCAUUCACUCUGAAACAGCUUUGAACCUAAACAUGUGCAUAGCACUAUUUGAUUCCAGUUUCCAUGUCGUUGAUCUCUUGGACCCUCUCUCUCUUUCAGCGUGAGUGUAUUUCUAUGCAUGUGGGCCAAGCCGGAGUCCAGAUGGGUAACGCCUGUUGGGAGCUGUACUGCCUGGAGCAUGGGAUCCAGCCGGACGGACAGAUGCCCAGCGACAAGACUCGUGGAGGUGGAGAUGACUCCUUCAACACCUUCUUCAGUGAGACCGGAGCCGGAAAGCAUGUCCCCCGUGCCAUCUUCGUAGAUCUGGAGCCCACUGUCAUCGGUGAGAUGAGACUCCUCUGAAAUCCUGGAGGAAAUCUAUUGGAUUAGCGUUCAGUCUUUGAAUGAUUUGAUAUUCUUUCCCAAGAUAUUCCUCAUAUUCUGAAUAUUAGGAUAUUCUAAAUCUACCUUUGUCUUUCAGAUGAGGUUAGGACAGGUAUCUAUCGUCAGUUGUUCCACCCUGAGCAGCUGAUCACUGGUAAGGAAGAUGCUGCCAACAACUACGCCCGCGGUCACUACACCAUCGGCAAGGAGAUCAUUGACAUCGUGCUGGACAGAACACGCAAACUGGUGAGUCAUCAUUCUGAAAUAGGGCUCUAACUAGGGUUCUACAUGGAACUUUUUUCAUUCAAGAAAGUUCUUCGGAAACCUUCUCUGUGGAAGACAGCGUUUUAAAAGGGUUCUUUGGUGGGUCAAAAAGUUCUACCUGGAACCAUACAGGGACAAGCCGAAGAACCGUUUAUGGUUCUAGGUAGAACAUGCAAACAGGUUCUGCAUUCUAGUCUUACUACUAUAGCAUAAGAUAACAUCUAACAAUGUUAUUGUACAAUUUCUCCAUUCAGGCUGACCAGUGCACUGGGCUCCAGGGAUUCCUCAUCUUCCACAGCUUCGGAGGAGGCACUGGCUCUGGUUUCACUUCCCUGCUGAUGGAACGUCUGUCUGUCGACUACGGAAAGAAGUCUAAGCUUGAGUUCGCCGUUUACCCAGCUCCCCAGGUGUCCACAGCUGUGGUGGAGCCCUACAACUCCAUCCUGACCACCCACACCACCCUGGAGCACUCUGACUGUGCCUUCAUGGUGGACAACGAGGCCAUCUAUGACAUCUGCCGUAGGAACCUCGACAUUGAGCGUCCCUCAUACACCAACCUCAACAGGCUCAUUGGCCAGAUCGUCUCCUCCAUCACUGCCUCCCUGCGCUUCGAUGGAGCCCUGAAUGUUGAUCUGACAGAGUUCCAGACCAACUUGGUGCCCUACCCCCGUAUCCACUUCCCUCUGGCCACCUAUGCCCCAGUCAUCUCCGCUGAGAAGGCCUAUCACGAGCAGCUGUCAGUCGCUGACAUCACCAACGCCUGCUUCGAGCCAGCCAAUCAGAUGGUGAAGUGUGACCCUCGUCAUGGCAAAUACAUGGCCUGCUGUCUCCUGUACCGUGGUGACGUUGUUCCCAAAGAUGUCAACUCUGCCAUCGCUGCUAUCAAGACCAAGAGGAGUAUCCAGUUUGUGGACUGGUGUCCCACUGGCUUCAAGGUGGGUAUCAACUACCAGCCCCCUACGGUGGUUCCUGGAGGAGACCUGGCCAAAGUCCAGAGGGCUGUGUGCAUGCUGAGCAACACCACGGCCAUCGCUGAGGCCUGGGCCCGUCUGGACCACAAGUUUGACCUGAUGUACGCCAAGCGGGCCUUUGUGCACUGGUACGUUGGUGAGGGCAUGGAGGAGGGAGAGUUCUCUGAGGCCAGAGAAGACAUGGCAGCUCUGGAGAAGGAUUAUGAAGAGGUGGGCACUGACAGCGUGGGAGAAGAGGAUGAGGAGGGAGAGGAAUAUUAAAGGGUUAAACAUGCUUUGCCACCCUACAUUCCAACACUGACUGUUGGAGGCCCACACUUAACAUGACAGCAACACAUUCCCCACUGCGGUGUUAACAGUCUCUGCUACAUCUAGUCAUGUUGUGUCUGUAUUCUCAAUAAACACGCCACGUCUCUUGUCUAGACGAAAAAUAGAAUGUGAAAUGAGUUUGUUUUUUGGGGGAAAUCUGUUGGAGUUCUCGCGGCAGCCGUUAACGAGGUCUCCGUUGAGUAAGUACUACCAGGGGUGGAACGCCGGUCAACGUAGCGACGUGGAACUGAACCCUCAUACUGCCGUCCGUUGGCAAAUAUGGUUGUAGCCUACUGAAAUGGCACAGGUAGACACCGCUGCAUCAUUUUUUUUUUGCCUAAGAGUGA